AAAUGGUGGUUUGUGAGGAGGUGCUGGCGUUGCUAAGGAGCUCGCUUUCCUUUCAUGCUUUCAAUUCUAAGUCUGAGGAGGAGGAAAUAUGAUCGCUGCCCCCGAUGUCGUAGCUCUCACCCACGAAGAUGACUACGGGGAGCAGUACAACAUAGAGCCGGCGCCCCCUUUUCAAUUUCAACCUGAAAACCCCUGGUCCAAGACGGCCACGGCUAAAUUCGAGAAGGAUUUCAUUCUCAUUUCCGAGUUUUCCGAGCAGGUAGGCCCUCAGCCUUUGUUAACCAUCCCGGACAAUGCCCGCGGUAACUUUGAUCUCAACUAUUUCGCUCUCAGGAUUAUGUCUGUGGAUUAUCAAGCCUCGUUUGUGGGGCACCCUCCUGGGACGAGUUAUCCGAAACUCAACUUCGUCGAGGACUCCAAGGUGGUGCUGGGGGACUCUAAGGAGGGGGCUUUUGCUUACGUUCAUCAUUUGACUCUCUAUGACUUGGAAGCAAGGGGUUUCGUCAGGCCCUUCUGCGUGGCUUACAUCUCCACAGAUGAAAACAAGAUUAUGCAGCAGUUCCAAGAACUUUCGGCUGACUUUUCCAAAGCCUCCGAGUGUUUGAAAACUGGUAACAGAAAAGCGUUUGCUAAUGAACUGGAAAAGAAACUUCAGGAUCUGGAAUAUACUAGGAAUGUGUUGCACAAUGAAACGGAAAUCCAGAAAAAGUCUAACGAUAAAGGAUAUUACUCCUCGAUAGCAAUAGAAAAGGCCAAUGAACUGGCUAAUGUGGAAAAGUGUAUAAUUGAACAUCAAGAUCUUUUAAUGCAGAUUAGAAAUUAUUCGUACAAAAAAACAAGAGACGUAGACUACUUUUCUUAUGAACAAGAUAAUGGUACGGAACACUCGGACUCUGGGUUAGAGCAGUUGCCAAAUAAGGAGGAAUUGUAUGAAAAAAAUAAUUUUUCUGAUACAAGCUCUUACAUACCCAAAUUCACAAAAGCUAAGUCAGCAAAAUGCUUUGAAAAGAAACUGAAAACCUUAGAGGAGCUUUGUGACAGUUCCUUUUUUAAUCAAACAUUAGAACAACUUAGGCGGGUAGAGAAAUUCUUCAGGGGGGAUGUGUGCUAUCUCCUAACCAGUCAAAUUGAAAAAGUGCUUCUUCAGCAGCAACAAACAACUUCUUUUCUCUUUGAAGACCCACUACUCUUCACUGGUGAAGGACAACACUGUGAAAAACCACUUCCUAGUUUUAAUAUUAUCAGGGCUAAAGCUUUGGAGCACCCUUGUUUAUCAACUGAGUCCACCAACUGUGAGUCAUUCAAGUCAUGUGUGGAGUCUGUACCGAUUAAACUGGAUCAGCAAACCAGUGUUGAGAAUUAUCAUGGGACUGUGGCUGAUUCAAUUCCAUGCAAAAACCUCCUAGCAACUUCAGACCAUCUUGAAUUGAAAGGGAAAGGAAGUAUCAGCAGUGGUGAAAGCAUUGAAAUCCUGGGUACAGAAAAAUCCUGCCCAGCCCCAGUGUUAUUACCCAAAUCUGACAGCCAAACAAACUUGCAGAGCCUGCACCUGGAGGUUGCGAGGAGGAAAUUUGUGGGUACCAAGCGGACAAACAGUGAGGACAGCAUUGAAGUUCUAAGUACUACUGAAACUCUGAUUCCUGAAGACCUUAAGCCUAUGUAUCCAAGUGCAAUAUAUGAAGAAGAAUCACCUUUGGAUGAAGAAGAAAUAGGGCUGAACAGAGGUCUUGUGCAAUCGGAUGCAAAUCUGUAUCAUACUAAUGGAUUUAACAAUACAAGUUUUGAAAAUAGAACCAUUACCUUGUCUGUUUUAUCUGAACCAAUUGACCAUUCUUGUUGUAUUGGGAAAGAGAGUCCACAUUUUACUAAGUCAGUACCUACAUUUUUAACUGAAGAGUACGGUGAUGAAGUUGUCAAUGUUCCACCACAACGCAGUAAAACUAUAGGUCAACUAUUCCACAGUGAUGACCUCCAGAAAGAUGACGGACGUGGAUUGUAUGAAACUGUUUGUGAAAAAGAAUGCAGUGAUCUACCCAGUAAUGAAGAAACAGUUCAAAUUUCCAUGGAUGAGUAUUUGGACAACACAAGUUACAUCAGUGCAUCUUUAUGUUCUGAUAGGACUCCAUCUCCAGCUCUCGCAACCAGCCCAUCAAAAAGAUCCUCUGGUAAACGCAAGAAGCAUUCAGGGAAGAAUUCUCUGUGGUUUAUACGGCACUAUUCUUUUGCACAGCAGGCGAUCUUUUCAUUGCUGUCUGGGCGGACCCUUGUAGUAGUUGGCGAACAAGAAGGAAAAGUCAAGAAAAUUGUGGAUGCUUUGUCGAUAUUUGUCCCGAAUUAUAAUAGGGAUGCAGAGUCUGUAAAGCAAUGGGUAACUUUUCCUUUGCAUAUCGACGAUUUGCAGACAUGGAAACUCAUCGGACUUCAAAGAAUAGCGUCACCUCUGGGUGCCAGUAUGCUGCAUUCGUUGAAUCGAUAUAGUCGCUACAUCAGCAUUCUAGACUGUGACAACAAAACUCUCCGUUGCCCGCAAUAUAAAGGACAGCUGAUUGCCAGAUUGGCAGACCACAGGACUCAGAUAAAGCGGGGCAGCACAUAUUAUAUGCACGUUCAUAAUAUGUUUACCCAGCUUUGUUCCCAAGCUUUCCUCUAUACCUUUUGCCAUCACUUGCAUCUUCCCAUCGAUGAAAGAGAAAGUGAAGAAUCAGUCACGCAUCGCAGAGUAAACUUUUUAAAGCAUCAUCUGGGGCUGAUGAAUGAUGAUAGUAAAAUUGUGCAAUACUUUUCAGAACUGAUAAAAAUGCAUUACUUGCAUGAACCUCCAAAGGGCUUGAAUCUAGUUCUGCGAUUUAACUACAUCCCCAGUGUUGUGUUUAAAAUCUAAUUCUGCAACAUUUUCCAUUUCAAAACUGGAAUUUUACCAUGUACUUUGAUUGCAGAAAAGCAUGACCUCUUUCCCUAGGUGAUUUUUUUCAUGUUGUUCUCUCACUUGUGCAAAAGCAGCACUAUGGCUGUGGCAAGUAAAAGAAAUUUGAGUAUACUUAACCUGCAGAUAGUUUUGACAAGAGUGAGUUGAGAGUGAAUCAAGAUUUUACAGAUUCUAGCACACUGAAUUAUCUUCAGCACAGUAUAAAAUAAUGUUUAAGUAUGGGAGAGCAGAGAAAUGAUCUGAUGACAAAGCAAAGUAUAUCUGAUGAUAUACCUAAAUGCAGUUGAAAUAAGGCUUUUAUUUUUGAUGCUUUCUUCAAUAUUCUGCUGUCUUUGGAGAUUUCUGUAUAUGGGUGUUUGAAGUGGACAGGUGCUGGUGGAAUCCAAAAAAAAUCAAAGUUAAAUAAGAGUCUCAGAAACAAUACCACAAAGCAAGUUUAAAAAGUGAUCUAAUUAUGUUGCAACUCCAUGUUGCUAAACCAUUAUCUGGCAUGUCUAUCAAUUUUGGCUAGUUUGUGUUGUAACAAUACAGUUAUAACCAGAUUAUCUGCAGUUUUUAAUCAUGUGAAUACUAAUCUGUGGAACUUGCCUAGAAAAUAAACUCUGUUUUUAAAUGUUCUGUGACCUUUGAAGGAUAAGGUUGAAUACAUUGUAGUGUUAUGGCAAUGUUGCUUUUUCAUGAUACAUGACAUUAUUAACUUUCACCAAAAAAAACUAAUUUCUAAUCACAGUCGAUUGCUACUGGCAUGCUAUCGGUAUGGAUCCAAGUCUCAAACUGGUUUUGCAUUGUUAAUAAUGCCAAAUUUUCAAAAAUAAUUAUGGUUGUGGUUGGAAAUGAGAAAAGCUAGAAUUAAACACACCUGUGUAUAUCUAUGCCUGCUUAAUUAUUUGAAUUGGGGUUUGUGACACCCUUGGAUUCCCCUUCAGCAUUUUCACUAUGUUCUAUGGAAGUGAGACUUAAGUCUUGCAGAAAUCUGAAUUUUAAAAGGGAAAAAAAGUCACAGAUUGUUCAGUUAAUUUUAUAAGUGACAGAGGGAAUUUGUGGUCUACAUUGAUAGACAGUAUAUGGAGAUCUUCAUUUUGUUAGUGCCAGUAGAAGACAAUGGGAAGUUUUAAAAUUUGUUUUUUUAUUUUUUUUAAAGAAUUGAGUUAAAUUAAAACACAUCAUUCUAGCUGAGGUUCCAAAUCUUCAAACUGUAUAAUUGAGCUCUCUGAACCCCACUUGGUUUCCUUGGUUCAUUGUGAAUUAGACCCUCGAAGGAAGGAAAAAAAAAUAUAAAUCUGCUUUAUCUUGCUCAUGCUAGUGCUAUGCAUUACUGAUGAGCCAAAUUCUAAUUAUUAACACUUAGCUGAUUGAGGUACGCCACAAGUUGAAGCAAGACCAUGUUACCAUUCCUGUUUAUACAUAUCUAAUGUUCAAGAAAAUUUGGUAGUUUGGAUUUUGUAAACUUUUUAUUUAUUAUUUUAAAUUCUGAAACUUGCCUGUCAAGCAGUUUCAAGUUGCUUUUGUGUUUAGUGCUCAGAUUUAGAAAACAUUUUGUGUAGUAUGCACAGUGAGAAUGAGGGUGAAAAGGUCUCAAAAUUUAGACAUCGUGCAAACUGUCCUAAAGUGUAUCCCUACAAAAUGCAGCAGUUUAACUUGGUCAUUACUGGUGGAAAACAGCAGCUAUUGAAAAUCUUUAUCCACAAUCUGCAUGACAGCUGAGCCCACAAUAAUUAUUAAGCCUUUCAGUUGACCAUGGAAAUAUAACAUUAGGCAUCAAUUGAACCCUGGUUACUGUGUCAACUUUAAUUGUGUUCAUAGAUGUAUCAGGUGUAUUUUGGACAGCAUGAGAUUUCUCUAACUGUUGUCUAUUAAUAAUCACUCUUUUGUAGCACCAGAUAUUGCAAUCAAUUUUUUUUGCAUAAUAUUUGGAUAUUCAAAUUUGACUAAUCCCAAUCAGAUGGAUAUUUAGUGACACCAUUUGUUUCCACACUACUUUAUUUGUUUUUAUAUUGAUCUAUUUACAAUUUUCUUUUACAAAACAUAAAGAUUAAAUCCUAUUUCCAGUACUGGUUGACAGUUCACCCAAGUAUUCAAAAGUCUCAGCUUCUGAUAUUGAAACGUGGGGGAAAAACUCAUAGACAGAAAUAUUCUGGAAGCAUGCUAAAUUUGGCUUCCAGAAUAGUAACCAGAAAUUUUUUGGAGAAACUUGUGUAGGGUUUAGUAGUGGCCAUUGUAUUCCACAAUCUUCCUAACUACGGAACUAUUAAUACACAUCGCCCCAUCAGUUGUUAUAAGUUAAGCCAAACCCAGUCUCUAUUUUCCCUUUUUAAUGUGAUGAGAUGUACUCCAGUGGAGUGCACUCUAACUGAAUUUGUUUUGUUACCAGUGGUUUUUAGGCAAGCAGUUUGAGAGCAAGAAUACAGCAACUACUUGUGACUUCCUCUUUAAAUUCUGAAGCUGCUACCUUGAUCUGCAGUACUGAAGCUCCUGACUUGUUCAGUGACAGCCACACCUAGUCCAGGAUAUCUGGUGUGCAAAACUUUCAAGUUUUUUGGGUAGCAGUCAAAAACAGGAUGGCUUGCUGCCUCAGGAAAUGCUGAGAGUAGCUAUAUCACAUAGACAUUCUGAUUUGAAAAUUUUAAAAAAUGUUAUAAGGUACUCUUUAUCCACUUUCUGUGGCAUGUUAUCAAUAGAUGUCUUGCCUUGUGGAAAUUUGCAUUGUUUUGAAGACUGCCAUAACAAAUAGUUCAAUUAUUACUGCUGAUUUCAAUUAUUUUUAUAUACAAUUUAUUGCAUUAGUUGGAAAAACUUAAAAUUUUUUAAGAUCAAUUGGAAUUGAUAAACUGACACAUCUGAGUAUAUUAUUUUGGCCAUUCAACAUGUACUCUACCAUUCAAAAUGUAAUUUGGCUCCUUUCAUCCUCCAUUUGAAAUUAAUUAAAUUCAGCUAAUCUGCUGCAUUUUUGAAAGUGGAUAAAUGAUUUGAAACACAGAUUUAUAUUAAGGCUUAAUAAUUAAGCUGUCCCAAUCAAUCCAUUAGUCAAGACAAAAUCCUGUAAGGACUGUGCAUUACUCUUACUGAGUUGAUCAGAUCAUUAGCCAGGUGGUGGGAUCAAUGCAAAGUGCACAUUGAAUGUAUGUUGAACUAAUGUAGCAUAAUGAUGCUGAUGUGACCUUGCUCAUAAGGUUAAAAAAACUAUUUAUUAACAGUAUGCCAAUAGUAAUUUGUAAUAAUUGUUCAUUUAAAGAUUAAUUCCUGUAGCAUUUUUCAGAAAAAUUGUUUUACUCAAAUAUGUACUGUGAAUUGUUGUUGGCACUGAUUUUCAUUUACUCCCCUCUUUCCUGAAAGCUACUGUGCAAUAUGUGCAUGUUUGCAUUUAGUAAUUAAGGAAGUAGAUAAAAACAAAUGCUAAGUUUAUUUCUUUAAGUGUGGUUUUUGCCUGUUGGUGCUCAUUUCCCUAAGCACAAAGAUCAGAAAGAGUUAAAGACAAUUUUUCUGUCUUUUGUUCUCUUCAUGUUGUCUGCAGACUUUUGCAUCAAGAACUAGCUAGGCCUAAACAGGAAAAGGUUUGCUGUUUGUUAGUCUCACCAAUGGAAUAUAGUACCAUGUACAAAUUUAAAGGAUUAGAAAAUUUGCGUUUAAACAAGCAACUGAUAUGGGGUGUAUUGCUCCAAUCUUGGAUGAAGAGUUCCACAAAAGUAGAAUUUUUUAGUUGUCCUUAUUAAACCAAUUAUCCUAAUGGUCCUUGGCUUACAAUAAUAUCCUUCUUGCUCCACUAAAUUUGAAAGAGGAGAACAAUACUGUGGAAGGCAGAAAUGGUAGAAACUCUGUGUACAACUCUGCAAAUCUACCAGAUUGUACCAUAUGAUAUGUGUCAAUGUAAUACAUGUAUGUUAGGUGGUACUAGAUUGGCUCUGAUUCUUUGACGAUAUCUUGUCCAAUGUCAGUCUUGAAAGGCAUUUUUGGCUCGAGAACAAGGAAUUUCCCACCUAUCUGCUUGGGGAUAUGUCUGCAUGUCACAUCCAUAAAUUGCUGCAUGCAGGAGCAUGAUAAAUAUUGUGACAGUGUACUUUGAAUUUUACCUCAAGUAUCCAGUACAUGUAAAUGGAACCACUUUAUGAGUAGGCAUAGAGAGCCCAUAACUAUAUGAAGUAAUGGUACUCAUGGAGAAUAAUCUGCCAAUAUGGAUAUCUUUUACAGGGAUGAAAUUUAACAAGGUGAUUAUUUAAAUUUUUUUGAAAUUUUAACUAAAAAGGUAUAACAGGCAUUUAAUAAUUUUCUUAUUCACUUUGUGUGAAACUGAGUUUACAUGUUCUACUCUCUUCAGCACAUGCCACCUCCCUCUGAUUUAUAAAGAAACUAAUGAUGCAAGCAAAUCUAGAAACGAAGUACAUAUGUUGUGGAAUUUGCAGAUCAGAUGGGGAGACAGCUAAUAUUUCGCAUACGUAGCAAUGAUAUGCUGCCAUUGGACAUGAAAUGUUAGGAUUUUGAAUGAAUUACGUUGUGGUUAUCACUGCAGUUUAUACUUUGAUCUAGGUUUUUUUCAGUUGCACAUCUAACAACUAGCUUUUUUUUGCCAGUUCUGUGUCAUUUGUUGUUAACUGCUUAAAGCACACCUCUUGAUUGUCCAACCAGAUAGUUUUGAUUUUCAGCUGUUCCUCAUCAGUUUCUUAUUUCCAUUUGUUAUGACAUUAUCCUGCCAUCUCAUUUGAUACUGAAAUCAAAGCUCAUGCCUGAGGGGAAAAGUUUCAAUCUAAUGCUGCAAAUAAUUUGAGUAUCUUGAUGAGCAAAAAGAAACAGCUAGUUUCUGAAUGUGACUGCCAGUACUUAAACAUUGUUAAUAUGUUAAUACAAGUGCGCAUUUUGUGUACUAUAUCCCCUUAUAAUGGUUAUUCAAUUUGGAGAGAAAGAUAUUUCAAAGUGGAAGGUUUAUGCAGCAUUUUUAGACGGGGAAGAACAUUACAUUGGUAGCUAAGAUAAUCCCUAUGUCAAGAACAAUUUAUUGUAAGAUCCAGAUUAAUUAUGCUAGGCCCUGUAAUAUUAGCAGUGUUUUAACCCCUGUUGACAAGAUUUAACUUACCAAGCUUAUAUUUUUCAUGUAAUGUUUGUCAAACUAAAUAUGACCAUAAUGUGUACAUUCUGAUCCUUUACUGGAAGUUUUUUUUGAGGUAUGUUUCAAAUUGCACUUUCUUGCUUUUCUUUUAAUUUUGCACAAGACCAGAGGUUUUACAAAAUGCCAUAUACUGUUGUAACUUGUAAUUAUUUGUGUAACUGUUGUUUUUAAGUAUUCUAUUUAAUUCAUAUCUUUGAAAAUGUUGUGCCUUCCACUGUAAUCAAAUGUGUACCUUAAAAUAUUUUCC